CGAUAAAGAAGAGUUCCUCCGCCUCCAAUUCCUCAGCCAAUAAAUCCGCACAAGCGAUUUCCUCCAUCGCGUUCCUCGUACAAACUACAAAGUGACUACAACAAACUGAGCUCUCCCGUAGUAUCCGCCCAUCGCCCACUUCGCCAUCAUCUCGGGACCGCGCAGCCUGGUCUGCGGACGCAGCACUGACCGGCGAUACAGUACCUGCUACCCGGUUCCCCACUGUACUAACACUGUACCAUUCUGGGUAAUGAAGUUCCCCAUUCACCAACUUCAUCACGUCACAAAGACGAUGCAAACGACCUGGUCUAUUCCACAGAGAGAACCACACCGACUUGGAAGAACGUGUCUGGUGUGGUAGUGGUCGGCUGCAAGGCUAUCGUGGUUACAUCAACGUGCCAUUCAAGGGGGUUUUGUCAUUUCUCCGGAGACAAUACGGAUAAUCCUCAAGAUUGUGGAUCCAGAGGGAGUGGCGAGCAAGGCGUCUCCGUUACGAGAUUAAUGUCGACGUAGUAGUACGUGAUUAAACUAGUCAUAUCACGAUAUAAUCUCGUAAUAUUACGACUUUAAUCACGUAAUGUUACAUUAAUUUUGUGUGUGUGUGGGCCCUAAUCCUCCGUCGCAGUUGACAUACAUCCGCGCUGGAACCCAAUAAGAAGUAAAGAGCCGGGAUCACGCCUCUCAGUGGAGAGUUUUGUCUGGCGUAGGCACCAGGCUCCUCCCAUAUCCCUUACGGCCCAACAUUCCUCCGCCUCGGUGAGAGAAGGAUGUCCACGUUUACAGCUGUGAGAGCAAGGAAACCUCUGGCUUGACGCCGUUCCGCGUCUUCACAUCUCAGCAGCCUCCGGCGACUCACUUCCUGUAACACGGUUGUUUUUCACUGAACGCUUCUACGUUACUGACAAUCACAUAAUGUUCUCCUACUGCGUGCCUCUUCUGCUCCUUUUUUCGUGGGUUUCCGUGGAGUGUAACCCGAGUCCAGUGGUAUCUGAAGUGAUCGUGGACAGAUAUGCCAUUCCCGAAAUCUGCUCCAGAGAGGCCAAGAAAGGAGAUUAUGUCCGUUAUCACUACAACGCUUCUUUUGUGGACGGGAAAACGUUUGACUCGAGUCUUCAGAAAGGAAUUGCUAAAGUUGGCUUGAUUGGGGAGGGACGCCUGAUCGCUGGUGUGGACAGAGGGCUGCAGGGCAUGUGUGUCAACGAGCGCAGGACCAUUACCGUUCCACCACAUCUGGCCUAUGGAAGUGCUGGUGCAGAUGGUGUGGUUCCGCCUGACACCACCCUGGUGUUUGACAUCCAUCUGUUGGACCUGUGGAACCAGGCAGAUCUGGUGGUCACUGAAACAAUCACCACGCCAAAGGAUUGCAAGCGCUCUGUGAUGCGGACUGACUUUGUACGUUACCAUUUUAAUGGCACACUCCUCAACGGGACCCCCUUUGACUCCAGCUACAGCAGGAAGCAGACUCAGAACUCCCUGGUGGGUGAAGGUUGGCUCAUUAAGGGCAUGGAUGAAGGUCUGUUGGGCAUGUGUGUGGGGGAGAUAAGACAUAUUGUCAUUCCGCCCUUCAAAGCCUAUGGCGAAAAAGGAUCAGGGUCAGAGAUACCACCCCAAGCCACCCUGGUGUUCGAUGUCCUGCUAGUUGACAUUCACAACCCUAAAGACAAUCUUACAGUGGAGCAGCAGGUUGUGCCGCAGUUUUGCAGUCGCAGAACCGUUGCUGGAGAUUACAUCCGCUACCACUACAAUGGCACCUUCCUCAAUGGAGUCACUUUUGAUACCAGCUAUCAGAGGAACAACACGUACAACACUUACAUUGGAUUGGGCUAUGUGAUUGCUGGUAUGGAUCAGGCUCUCCUGGGGGUCUGUGUGGGUGAAAGGAGGCGGGUCAUUUUGCCACCACAUUUGGCCUAUGGAGAUCAAGGAGCAGGAGACAUCAUCCCUCCAUCAGCUGUGCUCGUCUUUGACAUUCACGUUAUUGACUUUCACAACCCCAAGGACACCGUGGAGAUUAAAGUCCUCCACAGGCCUGAGGUGUGCAAUGAGACCACAGCAGUCGACGACCUGGUACGCUAUCACUACAACUGUACCCUGCUGGACGGCACUCGACUCUUUUCUUCGCACGACUACGAAAACCUUCAGGACGCUGUGUUGGGUUCAGACAAGGUUAUCGAUGGACUUGACGAGGGUCUGAAGGGCAUGUGUUUGGGCGAGAGAAGAAUGAUCACAGUGCCACCUCACCUGGGUCAUGGAGAGAGAGGAGCCGCAGGUGUGCCAGGCAGUGCUGUGCUGGUGUUUGAGGUUGAAAUGUUGAGCUUUGAGAAGGGUGUCCCACCGGGCUACCUGUUUGUCUGGCUGCAGGACAGUCCUGCUCAGCUGUUUGAGGCCAUGGACACCAACAAGGACAACCAGGUUCCCCAGGAGGAGUUUGGCGAGUUCAUUAAGCUGCAGGUGAAUGAAGGAAAAGGUCGCUUGAAGCCAGGACUGCCAACUUUUCAGGUAUUAUCAGACAUGUUCCAAAACCAGGACCGAAACAAAGAUGGAGUCAUCACCCCAGAUGAGCUGAAGCUGAAAGCAGAAGAGGAUAAUGAGAGGGAGCAGACGAGACACGAGGAGCUGUAAGAAAAACACAUUCACUGAUACCAAAAAUGUGCAACAUACUUUCCUUGUUCUGCACCACAUUGAACCGUCUGUGGUGAUGACAAGACUGUAGUGUCAUGUAUGUUUUGAUUUGUCUGCAUCUGAGUUGCAUUGAACUGAUGUUUUUAUUUGUUGAUGAAAUAAAUGAACACCUUCAGUUGUCCUAGUUUAC